AAAGAAGAAUAUGUAAAGCAGGACCUGUUUUCUUGAUUUCUUCUUAUGCUUUAUUAGGGCACUCUCAACAUUUUCACUCUUUCGUUCUUCUUGUUCUUGCUGCUUCGCUGUUGAAUCAUGGAUCAAAAAGUCGAUUUCAGCGCUCCCCAUUCCAUGGGAACCACUAUCAUCGGCGUUACUUACAAAGACGGUGUCGUCUUAGGAGCCGAUUCUCGAACCAGCACCGGAGUGUAUGUUGCCAACCGGGCAUCAGACAAAAUUACACAGCUCACUGAUAAUGUCUAUGUCUGUCGUUCUGGAUCGGCUGCAGAUUCUCAGAUUGUAUCUGACUAUGUGCGUUACUUCCUCCAUCAACACACGAUACAACUUGGACAACCUGCAACAGUUAAAGUUGCUGCAAACCUUGUCCGGCUUCUCUCAUACAACAACAAGAAUUUCUUAGAGACUGGGUUAAUUGUUGGAGGUUGGGAUAAAUAUGAAGGUGGACAAAUUUUUGGCGUCCCUCUGGGUGGAACAAUAGUACAGCAACCUUUUGCUAUUGGAGGAUCUGGCUCUAGUUACUUGUAUGGUUUCUUUGAUCAAGCCUGGAAAGAGGGAAUGAGCAAGGAGGAAGCUGAGGAUUUAGUUAAAAAGGCAGUUUCACUGGCUAUUGCUCGUGAUGGUGCCAGUGGUGGGGUGGUCCGAACCGUCAUAAUAAACUCAGAGGGAGUGACCAGGAAUUUCUACCCUGGCGACCAACUUCCAUUAUGGCAUGAGGAACUGGAGCCCCAUAACUCUUUGCUUGACAUUCUUGGUGCCCCAGAGCCGAUGAGCAUGUGAAGAAGUUGCUGUGUUUCUGAAUGGAUCCCGGAUAGAUUAUAUCUUGCCAUCUCUCUUUUAUGAACUGCUUAACGAUUUGUGUAGUUGCUUACUUUGGUUGGAUAUUGUUUUUAGUCGGGUUUUAUCCUUGAGUUAUGUACUAUGAUUAACCUUUGUUUCAUUAUAUAGCUCCCAAGUUACAUGCAUACUUUCUUAAAUUGAUAUUGCAAACAAAACAAUUAUCAACUCAAUGUUU